UUCCGAGCGGGAGGCCGGAGCUGGAAGCAUUGGCGGCUUGUCCAGUUCCAGGCUGCUGAGACGCGGCGCGAUGGAGGAGGUCGAUGGAGAGCCGAUAAUCACUUUGAUUCCAGGAGUGAACUCCAAGAAGAAGCAACUGUGUUUUGACUGGGGCCCAGGGGAGAUGCUGGUGUGUGAGACCUUGUUCAAUAAAAAAGAAAAAUCAGAGGUGGUUCCAAGCUGCCCCUCUAUCUAUAUUAUCCGGAAGAAUGAGGAUUUUUACUGUCGGAUCUUGAGAAAACUCUUCAAUGAAUCCCAUGGAAUCUUUGUGGGCCUCCAGAGGAUUGAAGAAGAAUUGACUGGCAAAUCCAGAAAAGCUGAGUUGGUUCGAGUGAGUAAAAACUACCGAUCAGUCAUAAGAGCAUGUAUGGAGGAGAUGUCCCAGGUGGCAAUUGCUGCUAAAGAUCCAGCCACUAGCAGCCUGUUCAACAACCAGGUCGCCAUUUUGUCGGCAAUGGAGCUUGUUUGGAAUCUCUGUGAGAUCCUUUUUAUUGAAGUCACCCCAGCCGGCCCCCUCCUCCUUCACCUCCUUGACUGGGUCCGUCUGCAUGUGUGUGAAGUGGACACUUGGUCAGCAGAAGUUCUGGGUAGCGAGAAUCCAAGCAAACAUGAAAGCUUCUGGAACUUGGUGACCGCCUUGGUGCUGCAGGGCCGGCUGGAUGAGGCCCGACAGAUGCUUUCCAAGGAGGCUGAUGCCAACCCCGCCUCAGCGGGCAUGUGCAGAGUCCUGGGGGAUCUGAUGAGAACAAUGCCCAUUCUCAGUCCCGGGAACACUCAGACUCUGACGGAGCUGGAGCUGAAGUGGCAGCACUGGCAUGAGGAGUGUGAGCGGCACCUCCAGGAUGGCACGUUUGCCUCCAGCGGGCACCUGGAGUCCCUCUGUAAGAUCAUGCUGGGAGACGAAAAGGCCUUGCUGGAGCAGAAGCAGCAGCUGAGUAACUGGUACCAUUUUCUGGUGACGCGUCUGCUGUACUCCCACCCCACGGUGAAGCCCACUGAGCUGCACUUCUAUGCACAGUCCAGCCUGGACCGGUUUCUGGAAGGGGAUAGCAGCUCAGAGCCCCUGGACAACAUUUUGAUGGCGGCCUUUGAGUUUGACAUCCACCAAGUGAUCAAGGAGUGCAGCAUUGUCCUGAGCAACUGGUGGUUUGUGGCUCAUCUGACUGACCUGCUGGACCACUGCAAACUGCUCCAGUCUCAUAACCUCUAUUUUGGUUCCAACAUGAGAGAGUUUCUUCUGCUGGAAUAUGCCUCGGGACUGUUUGCUCAUCACAGCCUGUGGCAGCUGGGGGUGGAUUACUUUGACCACUGCCCCGAGCUGGGCCGAGUCUCCUUGGAGCUGCACAUUGAGCGGAUCCCUCUCAACACAGAGCAGAAAGCCCUCAAGGUGCUGCGGAUCUGUGAGCAGCGGAAGAUGACCGAACAAGUUCGCAGCAUUUGUAAGAUCUUGGCCAUGAAGGCUGUCCGCAACAAUCGCCUGGGCUCCGCACUCUCCUGGAGCAUCCGAGCCAAAGAUGCUGCCUUUGCCACGCUGGUGUCAGACAGGUUUCUCAAGGAUUACUGUGAGCGAGGCUGCUUCUCUGACUUGGAUCUCAUCGACAACCUGGGGCCAGCCAUGAUGCUCAGCGAUCGACUGACGUUCCUGGGAAAGUACCGCGAGUUCCACCGACUGUACGGAGAGCAGCGCUUUGUUGAUGGUGCAUCUCUCCUGCUGUCGCUGAUGACCUCGCAGAUCGCGCCCCGGUCCUUCUGGAUGACCCUGCUAACAGACGCCCUGCCCCUUCUGGAACAGAAACAGGUGAUCUUCUCAGCAGAGCAGACAUACGAGCUGAUGAGGUGUCUAGAGGACUUGACCACAGGAAGACCAGUGCAUGGAGAGCCUGAUGCCCAGGGACUCCAGGAUGAUGACAUAGAGACCACCAAGGUGGAAAUGCUGAGGCUGGCUCUUGCACGAAACCUUGCUCGGGCAAUUAUCAAAGAGGGCUCCUUGGAAGGCUCCUGAGGUCACGAGCUGCUCCACCGUGGUGUCUCUGUAUGGCCGUGUGUAUGUACAUUCUUAAAAUAUAAAUGUUCUCGUUUGCAAA